AUGCGCUGCAUGCUUGCUCUUUUAUUGCUUAAUGACAUCAGACCGAAGGAUAAUGACCGUUUAAUCACCAUGCCAUUAAAUGGGGAUUAUAAAUAUUAUCGAAUAUACAAUUCGAAAGGAUUACGACAGUUCCGAGGCGUUGAGGCUGGCAGUGACGUAAUUACGGCUGCGAGGCAGAUUAACAGUCCCGGCACACAUAUAGCAGUCUAUUGCUCUCCAUCCCAAGAUUCAAGGUAUUUGAGGAAGUAUAUAGCUGAGGGCGCGACUGAGCUACAUGAUUCAUCUCAAUUUGGCUUUCACCAAGAUAUUUCUCAAGAAACCAAAUGUCUCGAACAAAUUGAAGCGGAAUUCAGAAGCUCACCGGUUACAACGGACAUCCCAAUCAGAAAGUUUUCGGAAAAAAUAGAGUGCAGUAAAAGUACAAUCUACAGCUUAGCUUUUCAAAACCAUUUUUGUAUCCAAAACAACGUGGACGAAAUACUUACGCCUUUUAAUCCUCAUCGUCGCCGAAUAGCUAUUGAAUUUUUCUUUCGCAUGCCUCAUGUCGUACUCAAUGGUAAACUAAUUUUGCAAACCGAAGCCAAUGGUCUACAAACUGCAAUGGCGUGGUAUCAAGGUUAUUUAAAUAUAUUUCAAAAGAAAAAAUCUCUUCAAACUUGGUAUCCAGUAAAACGAUCAUUACAGGAUACGGAGGAUUUUGAUUACAUCAUCGAUUAUAUAGCCGAAUCUUUCAUCGAGCUUAGAUCUAUUAAGUCUUUGCUGACACAAGGUGGAAAUACCAUUAGUCCAACACCAACCGAUGCUCAGACGUUGAGGGAAGAUCACCACGUCAAUAAAGAGCUCUACAUCAAACAACAAUUAGGUAUCCUCCGUCAGAAAAAUUUAAGAUUACCUGAGUCAAUCGCGGAAGGUUUAAUUGGUCCAUUUGUGAAAUAA